UUCAGGAGCCGGGGUUAGCCGCGGCUGGUGGGCUGAGGCAGGGCUCAGUGGUGGCUCGGGGCGGCGGCGGGGAGCCCAGUUAGGAUCCCGCGGGCGGGGCUGGCCGCCUGCACCGGUGGGCGGGUGCGCGGGGCCCGGCUGCGAGCGCCCCCGGGGGCAUGUAAGCGCUCCGCGGCAGGAGCCCCGGGAGGGCAGCCCUGGCCGGCUGCGUGCGUGUCUGGCCGGCGGGGGCCCCGGGAGGAAGCUCCGCUGACACGUCAGGGAAGAAGCAUUUAACCCCUGCAGCGGGCUCCAGGAAAAAGGAAGAGAAAGUGCAAAGUGGCGGAGGCUCGCUCAGCCCGGCGCCGGGCUCUGGGAAGCCUGACUGCCUGCUGAAGCAGAAUUGGACACCCUACAAGUGGUUGGAGUAAAGGAAGUUGGGUCUCUCCUGCACCAGAAUCCGUCUCAGCUGGAGCUUGCCAGAUCUUGAUUUCACUUGUGACCCAGCCCUGGAUUUGGACCCAGCUCUCCAGAGGUGCAAGGUUGCAUGAUGGAAUUUAAAUUUUUCCAAGAAAAGCUGCACAUUUUGGAUCAGUAUCGCUGAGAUUGUCUUCUGUUUGCUCUACAUUGAGUGGAGUCACUUGACACAAGCUUGCCCAAAGAGUACAUAAAAAUGGAUCUCAAAGAAAGCUGCCCAAGUGUUAGCAUUCCCAGCUCUGAUGAACAUAGAGAGAAGAAAAAGAGGUUUACUGUUUACAAAGUAUUGGUCUCCGUUGGUAGAAAUGAGUGGUUUGUCUUCAGGCGAUACGCUGAGUUUGAUAAAUUGUACAACACACUGAAGAAACAAUUUCCCACUAUGAACCUGAAGAUUCCAGCUAAAAGAAUAUUUGGAGACAAUUUUGAUCCAGAUUUUAUUAAACAGAGAAGAGCAGGACUGAAUGAAUUCAUUCAAAAUUUAGUUAGACAGCCAGAGCUAUGCAACCACCCAGACGUCAGAGCAUUUCUUCAGAUGGACAACCCAAAGCAUCAGUCAGAUCCAUCUGAAGAUGAGGAUGAAAGGAGCAAUCCAAAGCUAAACUCUACCUCACAGAAUAUCAACCUGGGACCAUCUGGAAAUCCUCACGCUAAACCAACAGACUUCGACUUCUUGAAAGUUAUUGGGAAAGGCAGCUUUGGCAAGGUUCUUCUUGCAAAACGAAAACUGGAUGGGAAAUUUUAUGCAGUUAAAGUAUUGCAGAAAAAAGUUGUUCUCAACAGGAAAGAGCAAAAACAUAUUAUGGCUGAACGUAAUGUACUGUUGAAAAAUUUGAAACAUCCAUUUUUGGUUGGAUUACAUUACUCAUUCCAAACAACAGAAAAGCUUUACUUUGUUCUGGAUUUUGUUAAUGGAGGGGAGCUGUUCUUUCAUUUACAAAGAGAACGCUCCUUUCCUGAACACAGAGCCAGAUUUUAUGCUGCUGAAAUAGCCAGUGCAUUGGGCUACUUGCACUCCAUAAAUAUUGUAUACAGGGAUUUGAAACCAGAAAACAUUCUCUUAGACUCACUGGGACAUGUUGUCUUAACAGAUUUUGGACUCUGUAAAGAAGGGAUUGCUAUCUCGGAUACCACUGCAACCUUUUGUGGGACACCAGAAUACCUUGCCCCAGAAGUGAUCAGAAAACAGCCCUAUGACAACACAGUAGACUGGUGGUGCCUUGGUGCGGUUCUAUAUGAAAUGCUUUAUGGGUUGCCUCCAUUUUACUGCCGUGAUGUUGCUGAGAUGUAUGAAAAUAUUCUUCACAAACCUCUGUAUGUGCGCCCAGGAGUCAGUCUUACAGCCUGGUCUAUUCUGGAAGAACUCUUGGAGAAAGACAGGCAAAACAGACUUGGAGCAAGAGAAGACUUUCUUGAAAUUCAAAGGCAUCCUUUCUUUGAAUCUCUCAGCUGGGCUGACCUUCUCCAGAAGAAGAUUCCACCACCAUUUAAUCCUAAUGUGGUUGGCCCAGAUGAUAUAAGGAAUUUUGAUGCAGCUUUUACAGAAGAAAUGGUUCCUUAUUCAGUUUGCAUUUCCUCUGAUUAUAACAUUGUAAAUGCCAGUGUGCUGGAGGCAGAUGAUGCAUUUGUUGGAUUUUCUUAUGCACCACCUUCUGAAGACUUAUUUCCCUAGGAGGUUAGGAGCCAACAAAUGAUGCACAAGUACAAGUCUGAAGAUGGACUGAAACAUGAGUGUGAACAUAGUCCAGAAUAUGUGUAACUAGUGCCUCAUUUUAUAUGAAGGGUUGAAACCAAUGAACAAACAUUUUCUGCUGUAUAUGAGGAAAUUGGGCAUUUCAGAUGGCUUUCUUUGGGAUUUAAACUGUUAUUCCUGCUGCAUAAAAAUAUUUUUAAAAUGAAGAUCUCUAAAAGCUGUUCCUCUACAUGAAUCUGUUUUUAAGCAAAUACACUGUUUUUUCUCCAGGUUUACAUUAAUACCUAUCCAGGAUUUGGCUGUCUUUCAGCAGCAGCAAACUUAGCACAUUUAUAAAUGCCUUUGUAACUAUUUACAGUGACUUUGUGCUUGAAUUGUAACUAUGCAAUUGUCUUUUGUAUAUCAUUGUUUAAAAAAAGAUAAAUGUUUUCCCUGUUAUAUCACCUUUUGAAAUAUAAGUUCAUUACUUGACAGCACUUAUACUAAAAAUGUAAUUCCUCACUGAAGAAUAAGUAGAUACUUUAAGGAUCCACAAACUGAAAAGUUGCUCAUUUAUGACCAAAUUGACAUCCUUACUCCUUCAUAAAUCCCUUACUUCUUAAGUACUCCUUUAAAUUUAUACUGGAUUAUUUGAGAAAUAAAGCACUACUCAAAGUGAGUAAGGGUAGCACAAACUAGCCCAAAAUAUUUGGUAACACUACUAAAUACAUUGUCUAUAAUGUUCUUUUCUGAUGAAGAAAUAUCUGAAUCUCAACUGCACUAAAAUUUUUUUGCAUUAAAAUUCUAUUUUUCCAAAGAGUUGGAGGGCAGUAAUCAUUGCUACUUUUAAAGGCAGUCUUGCUGUGACCCUAAAGAGAGGAGAUCGUGCCAAAAGUUAGGGUUAUUUUGUGUGUGUAUCUGGAAUACGAAUAUAUUCUAAAUGAACUGUAUCAAAAUUCAUAGUUUCUUGUCUUUCUAUAUUCUAAUGUAUCAGCUCUUAAAUCUUCACUUGAUAGUUAGGAAAAAUAACUAUUAAACUACCUUUUGAUUACUUUUACGAAUAUGAAGAGCGAUUGUAUAUAGUGUGUGCCUCUUGUGAUUUGCACAUAUAACCAAAAUGCUAACACUGAUCAACUUGUUUGGGCUUUUUUUAAACACAAUACAUCCUGAAAGUUGGCUCCAGUUUUAAUGUGACUUUCUUGUAACAGUAAUAAUACUUGUGAUUCACUUUGCUUGUAAAUAACAGUUUUGUCUGCCACUUGAAAAGUCUGGGUGCACACUUUUCACAAUGCAUUUCAGUGCCUUUAACUGGAUCACCAUGAGAACUUAACUCCUUGAAAGAAAUUUAAUAAAAAAAAAAAAGCAAUAGCAACAAUUUAAAGCGUUGAAGUUUCUCUGAUCACAAAAAUGCAACUUGUGUGUCAUAGCUAACAAAACAAAAACCAAGUAAUUAAGAUAAACAUUAAUCUACAGAUCUUGUUACAGUGGAAUAGAAAGAAUCCAUUGUGAAGAUCAGGGAAAGUAGAAUGUCAAAUAGGACACCUGUAAGUAAAAAGUAGUAAUAAUUUGCCUAGAAUGCUAUGUCAGUUGAAAAUUCUCAGAAGGUUAGACCAAAAUUAAUUUCUCACUUGAAGCAAUAAUUCUCGGUUUGUCACCUGCACAAUGAUUAACACUGAUGCAACACUGAAGAAUUGACACAAGGUGUCUGUCUGCUCAUGUAGCUCUGCUAGCUAACUAAAGUAGUAAUAAAAGGAGAGGGAAUGAAAGGGACAUAAUUCUGCUAAUUUCAGCCUCCAUUGUCCUCUUUUUCAAUAAAGUGUUUUCCACCAGGUAUUGGCUUUGUAAAGAUUCUCUCCUUGGCUAUUUGUAUCCUAAACUUUCUAAUUUUAAAUAGGGUGUGAUAUCACUGCUUUACCAGGAAGAGGAAUGUGCCAGUUUAAGGAUUUUUCAAAGCAGUGAAAUGUCAGAAACUAUAUAGCCCCUCACUUCAGUCUCAAAGAGAAAAUCUGUAACUGCAGAACAGGAGUCUUCUGAGUAUCUAUCUUGUAUGGCUGAACCUAAUAAAUAGUAAAUCAAUCUU